GCCAUUAAUACAUCUGUAUCUAACCUUAUCAUUAUUCUAAAGGUAGCAUCUGUGACUGGAUGACCAAGUGGGAUACCGAGCACAUGUGCUCUAUUGUGUUUGUUUCAAAUGUGUCGUUUCUUAAGAGAUGAAGAAGAAUAGCUAAGCCGCAAUGAAAUUCUUUAUAUUUCUUAUAACUGUUGGCAGUUUUUCGUUAGCUGGAUCUCAAAUAAAUAAUUUUUUUGAUCUUUGGACCGAUUUAUUUCGUCCAUUACCUCAAAAUAAGAAAGAAGGUUUCAUACCUGAUUAUACUCCAAAAGACAAACAAGAUUAUGAUUUUAUUAUAAUUGGAGCGGGUUCAGCGGGAUGCGUUUUAGCAAAUCGAUUAUCGGAAAUAAAAAAAUGGGACGUUCUUUUAUUAGAAGCUGGUGGUAAUGAAAAUUUCUUUUCCGAUAUUCCUAUUUUCGCGCCCUUUAUGUCCAUAACACCCAUGAAUUGGGAUUAUACAUCAGAGCCGGAAAAAAGAGCCUGCAGGGAUCUUCGGGGCAAUGUGUGUUAUAUGCCCCGUGGUAAAGUACUUGGUGGAAGUAGCGUGCUCAAUUUUUUAAUCUAUCAAAGAGGACAUCCUGAAGAUUAUAAUGACUGGGCUCGCAUGGGUAACAAUGGAUGGAGUUACGAUGAAGUAUUACCAUAUUUUAAAAAGUCUGAAAAUAUUCGAAUUAAUGAACUGAAGAAUUCAACAUAUCACGGUGUAGGUGGUUAUAUGGAUAUUGAUUAUGCUUCAUAUUCAUCACCUCUAGACGAUGCGUUUAAGGGUGCGGGGGAAGAACUCGGUUAUGAAUGGAAUGAUCCAAAUGGAGAAAAAUUAAUUGGUUUCUCAAAACCGCAAGCGACCAUUCGCAAUGGUAGAAGAUGUAGUGCAUCUAAAGCUUUUCUAGAGCCGGUGCGUUUCAGAAAAAAUUUGAAAGUGUCAAAAUUCUCAACAGUUAAACGAAUUCUAAUUAAUUCUGACACCAAAACUGCUGUAGGAGUUGAGUUUAUAAAACAUAAUAAGAGACGCCGGGUGUUUGCUCGUAAAGAGGUAAUAAUCGCAGCGGGCACAAUUGGGUCUGCGCAGCUUCUUAUGUUAUCUGGAAUAGGCCCACAAGAUCACCUCCUCGAUGUUGGAAUCAAACCUAUAAUAGAUUCUCCGGUUGGCUACAACCUCCAAGAUCACGUCACGUUUUCUGGAAAUGCAUUUAUAGUAAACCAGACAGGACUUUGCGUAAAUGAUAUGUUGGCUGCCUCCCCAUCAUCAGCAGCUGCUUACAUGGCUGGACGAGGACCGCUCACACUGCCAGGCGGAGCUGCUGGGCUUGCUUUUACCCAAACUCAAUAUGGAAGCGAUCUUGCAGAAGGACGUCCAGAUAUUGAAUUAGUUAUGGGUGCAGGGUCCCUUGCUGGCGACUUUUUGGGAAUAAUUCGAUCGCUUCUUGGAGUAACCGAUCAGUUUUAUUGGAAAGUCUACGGUUCUCUACCAUUAAAAGAAAGACAGCAGUCAUUUGCAAUAAAUCCAGUAUUAAUACGGCCUCAAAGUUAUGGUCGGCUGACACUCAGGAGUGCAAGCUUUGAUGAUCACCCUAAAAUUCAUCCAAAUUAUUUCGAUCAUCCAAAUGACAUGAAAGCAUUGAGAGAAGGUGUGCGACUUACUCAAAAAGUUAUAAACACAAGGGCAUUUCAAAGAUAUGGAACAAGGUUAAACACUGUUCCAUUCCCGGGCUGUGAACAUUUAAUAUUUGAUUCUGACGAAUAUUGGGAAUGUGCAAUAAUGCAAACAUCAAUAACGUUAGAUCAUCAAGUGGGCACUUGCAAAAUGGGACCGGCUAGCGACCCCACGUCUGUUGUAAAUCCACGUUUACAGGUUAAAGGAAUAAACAAUUUAAGGGUGGCCGACGCAUCCAUUAUACCCCGUAUACCAGCGUCACACACACACGCCCCUGUUGUAAUGAUCGCAGAAAAAGCUGCAGAUAUGAUAAAAGAAGACUGGAUACAUCUUUAAAAUUUUUAAUGUCAUUUAUGUUUAAAAACAUACUUUGGCGUUCGAUAUUAAAACGUCUUAUGCAAUUAGGAAAUCAAUUAGCUAAAUAGGAAAUGAACUUCUAUUUAAUUAUUUUUGUUAAUUGAGCGGCAUAACUUGUUGGUAAGAACGACAGCAAGAGGGUUUUUUUUUUAUAUUAUCUUGCAAUUAUUAUAUCUAUAUAUAGAUAUACUUUAAAUUAAUCCCUACUUCUCUUGGUCACGCCAUCACGCAUGAACGGCUGGACCGAUUUCAAAAAUUCUUUCACCAUUAGAAAACUGAACUGGAGCGAAUAGCUAGGUCUCUUAUAAAUACGAUAGUUACUCUGUCUGUCUUUUCAUCUCUUUUUCACGCUUGUUUAAGCGCUAAACCGAUUUGAAUGAAGAUGAGAAGAUUUGGUAGCGUCAAAGUAUACGUGAAAAAUUUCUUAAAAUGUUCAUCUUUCGUCACUGGGUAACUUGGUCAAGGAUAUUGUAACAACUUUGUUUGCAUAACUUUGUUCUGAAAAAAUUAAAAAAUCCUUUAAAAUGGACUAUGUCCUUUUCAAUGGACUAGUUUAGCUGUUGUACACAUACAAUAUUUAUACAAUAAACGAAUCAAGUGUCUUGGCGGCCCUGUCGCUUUUUAAUGAUUAAAAGGUAUCUCUGUGAUGUUUUUCUAUCGGAUUAAAUUUAUAGAAUCAUAUUUUCAACAUGCUAUCAAAUUAAUCAAAAUAAGUAAAAAAAAUCUCUCCUCAGCUAGGAGUAAACCUGUGCUAAAGACGAUUAAAUUAGCAGAUAAUUUCGUCUUGUAGCCCACGGGGAAAAAAGUAAUUUUUAUCCACGUAAUUCAGUCUUCUAUAAUGCUAUAUUAUAGUUGUGAUGAUAUAUACAUCACGUUCUUGUAAUAUAAAUUACAUAGAUAAGUUAUAUGAUGUAUAAUAAGUUUUAUUACAUAUGAAUGAAUACGUAGUAUGAAUAUUUAGUAUUAGUGUAAGUAACAUUAAAUUCUGAAGCAUAUCAUACACAUAACUGUUUUUUAGUUUACUGGAAUGUAUGCAUUGUAAAGCUCUUUAAGCUUAUGUAGUGAAUUAGAAUAGGUAGAGUUCCAUCUGAAAAAUUGUAAUAAAAUUAAACUUAUUUUAUGAAUAGCAAAAUUCUAAACGAAGAUUAGUACCGACUAUGUUUCUGCCUAAUAGUUUAAGAACCGAGAGAGGAUAUAAGAAAGUUUUUAUUCCUGAAAUCUCAUGGAAACGGGCGUUGUGCGGGUAAAACCCCGUGACUUUUUU